AUGUCUGGUGAACAGCCUCAGAAGGUCUUGGGCAUGCCGCCCUUCGUGGCCGACUUCUUGAUGGGUGGUAUCUCCGCCGCCGUCUCGAAGACUGCCGCCGCCCCCAUUGAGCGUGUCAAGCUCCUGAUCCAGAACCAGGAUGAAAUGAUCAAGGCUGGCCGUCUUGACCGCCGCUACAAUGGCAUCACCGACUGCUUCAAGCGCACCAUGGCUGAUGAGGGUGUCAUGUCCUUGUGGCGUGGCAACACCGCCAACGUCAUCCGAUACUUCCCUACCCAGGCCCUGAACUUCGCUUUCCGUGACAAGUUCAAGAAGAUGUUCGGCUUCAAGAAGGAGCGUGACGGUUACGCCAUGUGGAUGGCUGGUAACCUGGCUUCUGGUGGUGCUGCUGGUGCCACGUCUAUGUUGUUCGUCUACUCCCUGGACUACGCCCGUACCCGUCUUGCCAACGACGCCAAGUCUGCCAAGAGUGGUGGUGAGCGUCAGUUCAACGGUCUCGUCGAUGUCUACCGCAAGACCCUCGCCUCUGACGGUAUUGCCGGUCUCUACCGUGGUUUCAUGCCCUCUGUCGCUGGUAUCAUCGUCUACCGUGGUCUGUACUUCGGCAUGUACGACUCCAUCAAGCCUGUCCUCCUGGUUGGUAACCUGGCCAACAACUUCCUUGCCUCUUUCGCUCUUGGUUGGUGCGUCACCACUGGUGCCGGUAUUGCUGCCUACCCUCUUGACACCAUCCGUCGUCGCAUGAUGAUGACCUCCGGUGAGGCCGUCAAGUACAAGAACUCCUUCGAUGCUGCCCGCCAGAUCAUCGCCAAGAACGGCGUCAAGUCUCUGUUCAACGGUGCUGGUGCCAACAUUCUCCGUGGUGUUGCCGGUGCUGGUGUCCUGUCUAUCUACGAUCAGCUCCAGCUUAUCCUCUUCGGAAAGGCCUUCAAGGGUGGCUCUGGUUAA